AUGCCAACAAGUACUGAGCGGCGGAACCUCCUCGCGUUACUCGGCUACCGCGUGAGUGUGGAGCUGGACGACGGCUCAACUCUCACGGGCCGCCUUGUUUCGUUGGGGCCAACUUCGAAUUUAAUACUCACUGAUGUAGAACGCGUUAGACCGCUGAAGCGGCGGCGCGGGAGCACGAAGACUGACUGCUACAAUUCGGUGUUGUUUGUGCGUGGGAGCAGCGUUGUCUCAGUACGGCACACAAGCGGUAUCACGACGGACCGGGGCGUUGUGGACACACUCACAGAUCGGCAAAUGGAAGCAUCAAAGGCCAUUCAGAUGGCCAGUCAGAGUCUCAACACACCUCUACGGUGA